CUUUUAUUCCCACUCGUAAAAUAUUAACCCUUUAAAAUUAAAUAUAUUGCUUGUAAAUUUUUAUAAAGGGAAAAUGUUAACGCUAAUAUCUAAAGGGGACCUAACUUACCCAUGUCACAAAUACCACACUAACCACAAUUAAUCAAGAUAUAACUGAUUAAUACAAGAUAUAACAGAGUAAUAUAAGAUAUGACAGAGUAAAAUAUGUGGGAAUAAGUGGAGAUAUUGUGUAGAUUGAUGUGGAAGGUUGGUGUAGGAUAUGAAGUGCUCCCCAUGGGCAUGGAAGGCUGGGAAAUUAUUAGUAAAAAAUAUGCCAACACAUUUGAUAAUAAAAUUAGUAUUAGUAAUAUUAAUUAAAGGUAAAAUAAUGUGUGAGGACGUGACGUAUGACAUCAACGAUAAAAGCGGCGAUUUCGUGAUGAUGAGCGAGUUUAAAGCCACAUUCACCUCAACCGCAAGCAUGAUCCCCUACCAAGAUAUCACAAUUAGAAAAGUCACAGACCACAACUUCACUCUCUGGGAAACACAAACCCUCAAAGAAUCCUGUACAUACAUUCUCAUCCUCAAAUUUGAAGAAAUGGUAAUGUUGAUAAUGAAGAUAAAGAGUUCUGAGGGCUAUAGUAAGCUCCACAGUGUAAAGGAUGACACGUGGCUACACGUGUCAGAAUCCGACUUUAACUCCGUGUUGAGAGAGUUGAGACUGAGAGUUCCCAGUGAGAAUCACAUAUUAAUUGACAUUUCUAACCCGAACCGUGAGAAGGUGACGGUGAAGAGGAGAAACACUGGGGGUGCGGACUUUAUUACGUUUACGACAAAUUACCCGUACCACUUGAUUAAAAUCGUCCAGGGCUCGGAGGUUAUUUGGAGAGCGCCGUUGAACGAGGACUACUGCGCAGACUGCGUCAUUUACCUCAGAAACGACGAGUACGAACUACUCCAGGCCUUCAUCUGCACAAACGAAUUCAUAGGGUUCAAAUUCUUCACAAAGCUAAACAACCACUGGGAAAACAUCGCCAAGUCUGAGUUCUACAAUAGAUUAGAAAAGUUAGACUUGGAACAUAUCACAAACGGUGGCGUACCCGAAGACUGCAACUUUCACAAGUGCAAAAUUAGCUCCUAA